CACCGAUUUAAGUGUUUUCCAUCUUAGUUCUUAGAUAGCGAGCGUGGAGAUUUACAGAGAGACUUGACACCAGCACAAGGACGAAAUAAAACUCCCCACGUCUUAGGGACUAGAGCUGAACAAUGGAGUCCAUAGGCCAAACUUGUGCGGCAAGGAGCCUGGGUCCUGCAAAUUACCUAGUGACCACACUGAUAUCGAGUCUUGUUUCAAUGCAUUGUAAUACCUCGCCCUUGGACAUGUGGCCGCCUGAUCAAGGAGAAGAGGCUGUGAAAAAUGGUUUUGAAAAGUACGACUUUAUAGUGGUCGGAGCAGGAUCAGCAGGAUCUGUAGUUGCGAGUCGAUUAGCAGAAAAUCCGGAUCAUAGAGUUUUACUGCUGGAAGCAGGUUCAAAUCCACCGAUGGAGUCUGAGAUCCCUGGCUUGGCGUUCACUUUACUCGGCACAAAGUACGAUUGGAAAUACGAAACAACAACAAAUAGUUUGUCCUGUUUGGGAAGUGAAGGCGAAUCAUGUACGUGGCACAAAGGAAAAACCCUAGGUGGAUCGAGUGCCAUAGACUAUAUGAACUAUCACAGGGGUAACUCCAAAGACUAUGAUCUCUGGGAAGACGAGGGGAAUCCUUCAUGGUCCUGGCGAGAUAUUCUGUCGUUCUUCAAAAAAUCUCAAAAUUUCAAGGGUGACAAUAGCUACGAUGUACAUGGAACUGGUGGUCCCAUAACAGUUGAACCAUGUAUAUCGUCGAAGCAUGAUCAAUAUAUGCUUUUGGAAGCAUCAGCUGAGUUAGGAUACAGUCAGGUUACGGAUUUCGUCCCCGGACAAAACCUUGGAUUUGGUUUUCUUCCUUGCACUAUGGACAACGGACGACGAGUGAGUACAGCAAGAGCUUAUCUGCUGGAAGAGCGGCCUAAUCUGCACAUCGUCAGGGAUGCAUAUGUGCAUAAAAUAGAGUUCGACGCUGAGAUGAAAGCGACAUCUGUAAAGCUCAAAAUCAAUAGCACUCACGAGUUGGAAGCGGAUGCAACCAAAGAAAUCAUAUUAUCUGCAGGAGCGAUUGAAACUCCAAAGCUACUUAUGCUGUCUGGAAUCGGUCCACAAACUCAACUACGACUCAUGGGUAUUCCAGUAUUGAAGGAUUUACCAGUAGGCGAAAAUCUCCAGGACCAUUGCUCUGUUUCUCUCUUCUUGAAGUACCAACCGGUCCAAUAUUUAUCCAAAGAAAAACAACUUCUGGACGAAGUAUACAACCAGUGGAUUCACCACAAUGGGGCAUAUGGUAACGCGGCUCUUGACAUAGCCGGUUUCAUCAGCACCAAACGGAGCACUCGCUAUCCUGAUGUACAAUACCAAUUCAUCCCAAUGGCGAAUAGUUCACAAGCGAGCAUCGGAUUCAAGUCUAACAUCCAAGCAAGUUUCGAAAGGAUUCCCGAUUCAUACCGCAUACUGAAAAUUGACGUUGGACUUCUAAGACCUCGAUCGCGAGGACACGUUCGACUUGAAUCCAAGGACAUCACCAAACCUCCAAUAAUCAUACCCAACACCUUCCAAAAGGACUCCGACUUGAAAACAAUCGUUCGCGGAAUUAAGGAAAUCGCCGAUUUCGAACGUACUAAAUCCUUUGAGCGUGUUCAUGCCAGGAUCAUUCGAAUCAAUUUGCCAGCCUGUGAUCUAUUCAGAUAUAAAAGUACGAAGUAUUGGGAAUGCUAUGCCAAAUAUAUGACAAGUUCCAUGUAUCACGCAGCGGGAACAGCGAGAAUGGGACCGGAUAGGGAUAUUCAUGCAGUGGUUGAUCCUGAGUUGAGAGUGAAAGGCACAAAAGGAUUGAGAGUGGCGGAUGCUAGUAUUUUUCCGAAUAUUGUUAGCGGAAAUUUGAAUCCACCGACAAUAAUGGUGGGUGAAAAGGCGGCGGAAUUUAUCAAGGACGCUUGGAGGCAACCAUAGGCGAUGUUGUAGUUUGUUUUGGUAAUUUUAUUGAAAUAAUUUAAUUGUAAUCGUUAUUUUUUGCUGUUUUUGUUUAAAAAUAAAUGUUAGUGUAUUGA